UCUCUGGCAUUUGCAAGCUAAUAGAACUCCUGUGAUUUCAUGUAGAAUGAUUGAUUAUUUACUUGUGGUAGUAAUUAGUGAAGAAAAUAAAUCUUCAUAUAGUGUUUACCCACAACCUAUUGUGUAA